GCAUGCGCCAAAUCAGGACAUUGGGACUAACGGGGAUACACGUUUGGGCGGAACGGGUCCAGAUUUCCUGUUUGAAAAGCUGCAGGAAUCAUGGGAGCCGUGUUCCUGCCAGCAGAUGCCGCGCACUCGGUGCUGCGGAGGCUCCCGAGAGCAAACUUCUUCUUGGAGGAGAUGAAACAAGGGAACAUUCAGCGAGAAUGCAGAGAGGAAAUCUGCAAUUAUGAAGAAGCCAGGGAGGCAUUCGAGAACGAUGAGAAAACGAGGCGAUUUUGGGAGGAGUACCAACGAGAGAGUAGCCCCAGACCAGGAGGACUCGAGUCCAUCGCUGGUGGCGUUCAUUCCCUAUACCUAAUCCUACCCCUACUGCUGGUUUUGCUUCUUAUCGCUGCAGUCUCCAUCACAGUUUGGAGAUGCCAUUCCCGCAAAAGAUCCCAGCAAAGCCCUGCCAUCGGGCGUCCCCAAAGAGACACAACACUGUCCGUGGUGUCAAUGGACCAAUGGGGUCGGGACUACCAUCCUGACAUAAGCCCUCAUUCGGAGAUCAGUGCCCACAGUAGCCCUGCCUACCCCGGUGCUGACCUCACACCUGGGCGGGGAAGUCGGGGUGACCCACCCCCUUCAUAUGAAGAAGCUGUGGGCCAUACGGAUAUACAGAUUGAAGCAGAGCCUCCUCCUCAAUAUGAAGACAUCAUCAGCAACCACGGUGGCACAAUUGUCAUCUCCCAGGGAAAGUGACGGAUCUUCCAGGCAUGUUAUCCAGCAUCAUGAAGAGAUGCAUUUUGAGGCCUCCGCCAAUACUGUAAACUCUGUCAUUUAUUAUUCACCUCUAUUGGUUUGUUUUUAUAACUAGUGCUUUGUGGGAUGUGAACAUGGUUUGGCUUUUAUUUUUUACUUCAUUACUUCUACAGGCAUUCAAUUAUUUUUCUAGUAAAAUAGCUAUUUCAUUUCACAUGCAGCAAAAUUAACUAAUGUGAUCAUGCUUCGGGGGGAGUAUUACAGAAAGUUCCUAACUUUUAAAUCUUAUCAUAUCUGUUUGGAAACCGUCGUAAUUUCAGUUAGGAGAAGAGCUAUUACAGGACAGGAUUUAUUAAGUGUGUUAUCUACAGAUAGGAAGGUGAUGUUACAAAAACAUCCAAACUUGACAAUAGUGCAAAUUAACGUUUUAUUGUUUUUUUUAUCCAUUUUGUUUAGGCCAACUCAUCAGCAGUUUGUGCAGUUUUGGUUGCUUAUUAACAGACCUGAGAGUGGCUUGUCCAACUUGAUGACACAAUUUAAAUUUCCUAACAACAGAUAAGAUGUAAUUUUGUAAGAUGGGGUAGAAUCCCUCAAGACACAAAUUUGCACAAAAAAAAAA